CUUUCUGCGUUGCACAGACACCGGAAGUUGUUGGUACUUUGCUGAAAAAAAAUGUCCUAGCAAAGGCGAAUGAAUGGAUGUUGUGAUGCACUGAGGUGCCUUUGGUCACGUCUGUCCAAGAUGACCUGAAGGUUUAAGCUCAUAAUUCAACUCUGUCGCUCCGGUCUUCCAUCAAUUCCCUCCAACUGGGCACCAUGGCGACGAGGAUGAAGCUGAAGCUGAAGACUGUGUUUGUGCUUUACUUCAUGGUCUCCCUCCUGGGCCUCGUCUAUGCACUGAUGCAACUUGGUCAGCGCUGCGACUGCACAGAGCAUGACAUGCCUAAAGACCGUACCAUAUCUCGGCUACGGGGGGAGUUGCACCGACUUCAGGAGAAGAUGAGGAAGGCUGAGUCAACUAAACAGCCCCAGAAAUCUCAACCCAAGCCCUCUCUGCCCACCAUCUUUGUCAUCACCCCAACAUAUGCAAGGCUGGUGCAGAAGGCGGAGCUGACUCGUUUGUCUCAGACCUUCCUCCAUGUUCCUCAGCUCCACUGGAUCGUAGUGGAGGACUCGCCUCACAAAACUCCUCUGGUGUCCGAAUUCCUGGCAAAGAGUGGCCUUCCCUACACACACCUGCACAUGCCCACAGCCAAGGAUCGCAAACUGCAGGAGGGUGACCCCAGCUGGCUGAAACCCCGUGGUGUUGAACAGAGGAACGAAGGCCUACGGUGGCUGAGAGAGGACAGAAGGGCUCAGCCAGGAGGUGACAGCCAGCAGGGAGUGGUUUACUUCGCUGACGAUGACAACACGUACAGUGUGCCGUUGUUUGAUGAGAUGAGGAACACCCAGCGAGUGUCGGUGUGGCCUGUUGGUCUGGUCGGAGGCAUGAAAUAUGAGCGGCCUGUAGUUGAAGGAGGAAAGGUGGUUCGUUUCCACACUGGCUGGCGUCCUAGCCGUCCCUUCCCGAUGGACAUGGCUGGCUUUGCUGUGUCCCUCAAACUGGUCCUAGCCAAUCCUGAGGCUUGUUUUGAUGGAGAAGCACCAAUGGGCUUCCUUGAGAGCAGCUUCCUUCAAGGGCUGGUUACCAUGGAUGAACUGGAGCCCAAAGCUGACAACUGCUCUAAAGUGCUGGUGUGGCAUACACGGACAGAGAAACCUAAAAUGAAGAGGGAGGAGGCUCUGCAGGCCCAGGGUCUGGGCUCCGAUCCUGCUGUGGAGGUCUGAGGAACAAACACACAAACACACACAGCGUAAAGCAUUCUCUGCUGUUUAAUGCUGCAUAUGUAACUCUGUGUUGUAAAUACUGUAAAGCAGAACAUUUCAGAUGCAACAUUUAAUUGAGCUGUUUUAGUCUCUUUAUGUGUCAGGUAGUAGGUAUAUGUAUGUAUGUGUGCACAUAUGUGUAUAUUGAGGGAGUGCGUGUUGUUGUAACUGUGCUACCUGUAGUUUUUUUUUUUUUUUAAAGUUUUAGUGAUGAUUAUUGAGUUAGUGGCAUCGUCUUACUCAAGCAACAAAUACAGACUCUGGAGUUUUAAUAAUAGCCUCAAGGGGGCGCUAAUUUAAAAUUUUGCAAUUUUGCAUCCAACACAACCAUGUGAUGGUUCAUUUUAUUCAGACUCACACAUCUGCAUCAUCGGUAGACUUGACAUGUUUAGUUGUGCUCAGUGUAGGUGAUUCCUGACAGAUUAUUUUACCCGAAUUGUUUUUUUUUUUUUCCGUCACUGCAGCCUCAUAUUUAGGUUGAGUUUGCAACAUUUUGCUUGGUUUCCAAUGAAGACACAGUUGCAACAGAACUAUUUAAUCAAGCAUGGCUGAUGAGCAUCCCUAAGUCAGUAGUAUGAACCUAAACUAACAUGAAAAUGAUUUUAUCCAUAAUCUUAAGAACUUCAUCAGCAUGAUAAUAAUCUCUGUAAUCACUCGAGCUAAGGUAGCAUCAUGGUGCAUUUUUUUUUGACGCAGUUAUCGUAUUUAUAACAUAAACAGCUGCCAAAAUAGGUAAAUAUGAUGCCAAAUUGUUGUUGCCUUGUUUGCAUCUGCUCUCAACCACCUGUCUUGCAGAAACACAUUAACUUGGCAUCACCGUUUUGCAACACAGACAUGACAAAUCUGAAGCGGUAAAGGUCCCACACCCAAUGCAGCUGUAGUGCUAGAGCUUAGAAUGCAAAAGGCUGGUUUUCAGUGGUGUCAUAGCACAAAUAAUAGUCCAAACCAGCAUUUUUAUAUGGAUAGUUUAGUGACGCUUUUAAGAACAUAGACGACCUCCUAAUGAAAUGAGGGAACUACACUACUGAAGUUCAUAGAAACCCCUUAUGCAAUAACCAGAUACAAACCCUGCUCUCCAUGUUACAUCUCUACACUUUAGUGACUCUAAAACACUUGAAUUUGCCUUUAAGGGGCUGGAAAUCCGUCGUACAUUACAGUAGCGGUGCGUUUGAGCAGAGCUUGGAAUAUAAACUGACCUACUUGAGCUGUGCUUCAGAGGUUAAAGUGACAAAUGCUCCUGAGCUGCUGUUGUAUGAUACUGUAAAAACAGCUAGUGCCUGCUUAAGUGGAAUUAGUGCCUGUAAGUCAGUCAGUCAGUUAGUUCUCUAAUGGUGUAUAAUGUAUUUAUUUAUGUAAUACUGUUCUUUACAUUGUAAAAUGUGAUAUUGUCUGUCCCAGGCCUUGAAAAUAAACCUACAUAAUGUCA